AUGCAUUCUGUAAUAAUGAUUUAUGUAAACCAGUGUUUUCCUGCUGUCGCCGUUAUCACGCCGAAAUCAUUUACUGACUGUCUUUUCUUUUCGGCUUCGCCUCCUCUUCGUUUGUCCGAAAGAGGCACAAACACGAGAAAAAAGAUGAUGCGCCCAACUUAUUAG